ACCACCAUUUUUCCACGCUUGCUUGGCCGUCCAUCCGCGAGGGAGGGGGGAAACAAGGAAAAUCCGCCGCCAUCGCCGUGCUCCGCAGUUCUUCGCUAGUGAGUUUCGUUCGAGCCUACACCUCCGGCAAUAUUUGUGCAAACUGUUAUCAGGCGAUUCCGUGAUACGUUGUCACCCGUAAUUUCGAGGUUUAUUUCGGCUUUGGCGGCUACAAGUGAAACGGACCCAAGCAAUUGGUGUGUGCUGAACGCGGGUUCCAUCAACCCUUGGCCUCGGGACACCAUUUUCCAGGGCUCAAACGCCAUCGUUUAGGGCAAACCACAAGCCUUUGCGAGAGAGAAAGACGCGAGGCAGAGCAAAAAAAGUGAAGUCCGAUUUUUCUUUCACUGACCCUGAUAAAAGCGGGCACACACCAGCAAAACGAGAAAAAGGAAAACUGUUGACGUGCGAGAGAAAAGGAGGGCACGAGUGAGUGACAACCGCGAUAGGACCGCACCGUAGGCCAGAGCGAGAGCUCGGAGAAGAAAAGGGGAGCAGUGAGUGAAAGGCGUGCGUGAACAAAGUCAGCGGGCGAGUGAACGAAAAGGAAAACAAAUCGCACCAGAACGGACUCUGCUUGCUUUCCAUCCUGCUGUUCUGUAGCCAUUUCCGCGAGAUCGCAGCAGCCAGUUUUGGAGCAAAGUAUUUCCAUUUGCUUCGUCGCUCCCUGAUCGCCAUUCCGGUGGAGCCAGUGCAAACCAUUCCUUUCUGUCACGGCGAGUCGCGCAUCCGAAAGUGUGUUCGUGUGUUCGGUUCCGUGUGCGCGCGUAUGUGUUUACGGGUGCGACAAUCAACCAGCUUUUAGGUUUUGCUUUUUUGCACACUUGAAACUUUCGUGGACGUUUUUUUGCUGAUAAAAGAAUCGUUUCAUGUUCGGUUGCUGGCUGCCAACAAUAGGGGCACAGUUGCAGCGUGUGGUGUAUGAACAGGAUAGCACGACAGGACUCGGCAAGGACUGGUUGCGGUGGUCAAAGUUGCAGGACGAGAGGACCGAGAACGCACGGGAAGCAGUGGACGCAAUAGGGCAACCCUUUUCCUCUACGCAUCCCACGAAGCCCCAAACUCUGAGACAAUAUGUUGAUUAAACUGGUGAAAGAAGACUUUCCGUGUCUGAAAAACGGGUUUAUAUAACAUUAUCUACGUGCUAUCGAGUUUCUUCGGAUCUAUUUCAACAAGAUGCACAGCGGUAGCUCCAUUUCACCCAAACAUCCCGCCAUUCCGGUUUCGAUCGGUAUCGCCUCGCUGGUGCUGGAGGGCCGCUCGUCAGCCCUCGAUGAUGACAGCUCAGCGACGACGACGACGGCGACGGCCACCUUCGUCAGCAAUGACUCGUCGGUGCUGGUGACGGUGCCGGUGACGACGCGGCAUGGCGAUGGUCCUGGUGCCGUCGCGAUCGCCGCCAACGGCUGCAGCACCGGAUCGGACCUGAAGGGGGGCAGCCCGGUUGGAGCGUCAGCGGGGGGCUUAGGUGGUAGGUUUCGUGUGUGGCGCCCGAUCGGGGCGCCUGCAGCAGCGUCACCGCCACCGGCAGCAGCCGCUACGACGGCCCCGUCAACGUCGUCCCUGCAGGAGUGCAGUCUGCUGGCGAUCAGCGAUGUACAGCAGAAGCUAGCCUGCAUAUCGGACGCCCGGAAGCGGAUCAAUCUGAAGCUGCAGCAGCUACGAUCGUCCGGCCCGGGUGGAAGCAGCAAGGACGCGGUCGCGGCUCCGAGCACCACCACCAGCACCUUGGUGAGCCUGGUGGCGGCCGAACGCAAUGACGACGGGUACGACGACGCACUGAUGUACGGUGGCGGCAGCGGCGGCGGCGGCGGCGAGGCGUCCUUCGUCGAGCGAACUGCGGCCGGCCCGAAGCGAAUGAGUUGGUCCCACCAUGAGGGCGGCCAUGGCAGCGCUGGGCAGUCGAGUACCGCCGCUACCGGUGUCAUCUACAGUGGAUUCGAGAAGAUGAACGUACUGGCCUCCGUCUCGCCGAUCAAGAACCACCAUCACCAUCAUCAGUCGAUCAUUGCGAACAGUUUCAUCAACUUCUCCCCGAUCGCCAGCGCCACGUCGGCACCGUCAGGAUCGCGUAAAACGGCGGCCACUGGCGUUGGUCCAGCGGCAACACCAGCCGUCGCAGCAGCCCCGAUGGCGGCAACCAAGCAGCGACCUCGCGAAGGGCCCCACUGUGAGCAGUUUUUGAAGAAGAUCGGUCUCGUGAAGCCCGACGCCGGUGGGGACGAGGGCUCGGAGCACGGCUGCAGCUAUCACAACAUCCACUGCCUUCGCUGGCAGGGCUACUUCGAGAAGCUGUUGCUCAUCCUGCGCCACGGAGAGACGGUCUGCAUCGAUGUGUUUUUGGGACCGGAAAAUGACACCAUCCUGCUGGAGCAGUGGACACUGAAGCUGUCCGCGACAAAAUCAUCUCCGGCGGCCGCGAUGACAAUCCAGUCGCUCUGUGCCGCCAUUCGGAGCCAGCUCUACUUCUCGCAGAUCUCCGCCUGGACCGAGCUGAUCCAGAACUCGCUCGAGCCGGAAAUCUUCGCCCAUCCGCGCAUCAAGAAGAUCCCGCCACCGCUCGGGCCCGUCGGUUCGGGGGGUGGUUCGCCACCGCUGCUGCCCACCGCCCGGUUGGACAUUCUGUUUCGCAUCAACAAAUCGUAUGACAGUACCGCCCGUUUCAACGAGAAACCGAUCGUGCACAACUUUCCCGACGCGUCGGUGGCCGAAAACUACGUGGUGCAGGUGUGCCUGAAGAGCUUGCCCCGGUUGGACCGGAUCCCGGGCAUCAACGCGGCCCUGGACGCGACGCAGGUGGGUCGCAGUGGCCACCAUAGGGGGCCCGGUUCUCUAGCGUCGGCACCGCCGUGCCACGAGAAAGGCAAGCAUCGCUGCUUCCGCGAGGAUCUGGAGGACCCGGAGGAUGAGCUGGAAGAGGAAGAGGACGAAGGAUCGUCGCGGAUGAGAGCGGCAGAUGGUGCCGCUACCGGGCGUGGCGGCGGUGCCGAUAUUUCUCUGCUAUCAUCGGCCGCCAUCAGCCACCGCGAGAAGCAAUUGCAAAAGUACCGCAAGCGCAUGUUGAAGCGUGAGAAAAAGAAGAAAGCGGGCACUGGCGGCACCGGACAGUCGGAAGGGGCCGGUGGUAGUAAUAGCAACGGCAGCAGCAGCAGCAGCAUGGCCCCGGUAGGCAGCAGAAGCGGAAGUUCAUCAAUGGACGUGGCCGGCUGUUCGUUGUCGUCGUACGCCGUGUCCCCGAUGAGCUUUAGCAGCUGCAGCAGCAGUGUGGCCGGCGAGACCAGUAAAGCUGGCAGCCCGCGCACGACGACCACACCGACGGCGAUCGGUGGCAGCGUGGUGCAAGUGGCGAGCUGCAGCAAUGGCCACUGCAGCAACAGCGGCAGCAACAACAUCCACAGCAACUCGGUGUUCACCUCCUCGAUCAACUCGAUCCAACCUCCGCUCUACUCGUCCGCCAAUGGGCUCGUGUGCGACGAUCGGUACCACGCGAUCGCCCUCAACUCCAAAUCCACCCAAACGGCCACCGUGGCGGGCGCGGCAAACACCGCCGCUGGCGACUGGCCAUCGAAUCGUGCACCGUCCCUACUGCCAUUCGUUGCUUCCGUCGCAACGCAAACCGAGUGCCCGGUGGUGAGACACGAGAGCCAGUUGAUGACAGGAGCUGCGUCGACGGGUGCACCGAAACCUCACUGCACCGACUGCUGUGGGCAGUUUCCGGCAGUGGGCCAGUUCGCUCGUGAUCAGACGGAUGCCGCGCCCCAACGAAGCUGCUCUCAGGGACCACCGGCGAUGCGACAGGAAGCGGAUCACUGCAGCGGCGGCGGCAGCAGCGGCGGGGCCAACAGUGAUAGACAUAUGCAAUAUUUUAACAAUUACUCUAGAACGUACGAUAUUAUCAAUGAUAACUGUGAUAAACGCCAGCCGCCGCCGCCGAACCCGCCGAUCACUAGCCACCACCGGGCACCGACGACGGCGCCAUCCUCCACGUUCCUCCGGCCCUGCUUCAUCGUCGGUGGUGGGGACGGUUACGAGGGCGACGAGGAUGAGGACAGGGAUGAAGCGAGCCUGGACGACGAUGGCGAUGGCGAUGUCGAUGGGGACGCAGGAAGCAUCAGCAACAACAGUGCCGGUCGCACACUGCAAAAAGGCGACCUUUUGCUACAAGCCAUCCAAAGAACUGCCACGCUGAACGGUGGACAGGAAGGGAACAGAAGCCACGCAGCCGUCGUCGUCCAGCAGUCGCCGCCGUCAGCACGUCCCGGUCAAUCGCUCCUCCUCAACGGCAGCAGCACUGCUACUGGUGGUGGCAAGCACAAAAAUGGCCCCAGCAUCAACAACAACAACUACGCCACGCAGAACAACAACCACGUCGUCGUGGUGGACGGUUGUGGUCAGAUGGCGGAAGCGGAAGCCGCCACACGCGGAAGAGACGGUGACCGGCGGGGCCACGAGACAGGCGAGAUGCGCUGCGAGCAGCAGCGCAGCGAAUGUGAUACUUUCAGCAGUGAAAAGCUAGAUUUAGGUGACUGUCGGCUGUGCAAGCGACAAAAAACGAAGCAUAAUUUUAAACUGAAUCUUACCAAUCUCCUCUCGUCGUCGUCGUCGUCACCGUCGCCGUCACCGUCGACUUCCGCGGCGCGUGCCGGGAAGCUGGGAAAGAAAACGAUCACUGCGACGGCGGUGCUGGACUGCGGGUCUACGCCGCCCGGCUGCCGUCGGACGCUGUCGGAGAGCCUAGUCGGUCACCUGACCAUUCCGAGCGAUGAAUCGGGAGCCGGUACGGGGCACCGCCGUUCCGGUCGAGAGUCCGGUACUGGCCGUGGAAUGGAGGAGGACGGCGGUGUUAGCGAAGGAGCCGAGCUGCUCCUCAGCCCGGGCGAUAGCCCGAUGCUUAGCAGCUCGACCGGAGCGAUGGGCGCCGGAGGAACGGUGUUCUCGUUCGAACAGAUGAAGUGCUACCGUCGGGCAUUUUCCGAGGACGUCAUCGACACGAUCACCAGUAGCGAGGGGGCACGGCGACACUGCGCGGCCAGCGGCGGUUCCGGUGGGCUGCUAAACGGCGGUACCGGUGCCAAUGGUCUAGGCAUCCGUAGCAGUGAAGAGGAUACGACCGACGACAGUGGCGAUAAUCAGGACGAUGAGUACGAUGCGAAGGAAGCGAUCGUCAGCGGAGGUGCUGGUGGUGGCGGACUCGCAAAACGUGGCGGAGGCGAGUGCUGCGGUUGCCACAAAAACUACACUACCUACCAGAGUCCACUGUCGACGACACAGGCCACCAGUGGGCAGCGUGUGGGAAACACUUCCACUCCGGCAGCGAACGGUGGGUGCAAGGAGCCGCUCUACAUUAGCUGCUCCGAGACGGAUUGCUCGGUCAGCACGGCCAGCAGCGUUUCGCCGCACAAGAAACAGAUUCUCAGCUGUGCCGCAAUCGCUUGCGCCAACGGUGCACCCGGAUCGCCGCACCCCCGGACGCUGGCUAGCACCGCCUCGCCCUCCGGUGCGAUGGAACUGCUGGGGGGCUGUUUCAAACCGUCGCCCAAGAUCAAUCUCAACUACGUGUUUGCCCUUUCGCCGCUGGCACGCGACGAUUCGGGCUUCACGAGCGGUGGCAGUCCGGCCACGUCAACCAGCUUUCCGGCCACCUCACCGAUCGCAAUCGAUGAUCGCUUCGGUACGGCGAAAGGCCGCACGCGCAGUGGCGGCCUGCUGCUCGGCGGUAACGCCGCCGCCGGCGCCGCCACCACCACCACCAACAACGAAGUCGGUGGUGGUGAGGGAAUCUUUCGCUACGACUUCGACGAACUGCCCACCAGCAGCGGCAGCAGCCCGGGGUCGGGGACAAUCAAGUCCAAGUCCGCUCCCAUCUUUCCCUUUUCAUCGCCCUGCACCGCUGGCAACCUUUCGCCACGGUUCAUGCGCACGGCUCAACGACAGCAGCAGCAACGGUCGCGCUAUCCGUCGGAACGUUCUUCGAUCGGUUCGGAUGAGCAGCUGUCCGACGACGAACUGUCGUACCUGUCGUUGGAUGCCACGGCCACACUUAACCCGGCCGGCGGCCACAUGCUCACCGUGUCCCCCGGGAAGGUUGGAGGGCGCGCGUUGGUGGCCGCCCGCAGCAGUCUACCGUCGCAGAUGCUCAGCAAGGUGCUGAAUCGGAAUCUGUUCCGCUUUGGCCGUGCACCGCUGCUCGGUACGCUCGAAGAAUCGUUGCUACAGCGUCGCCUGAGCCCCAAGUACCAGGUGGCCGACUUCAAGGUGCUGCUGGGCGCCUCCGGCAGCUUCUGUCCGACGCAGCUCACCAUUCCGGUUGCAUCCUACUUCUACGAGCUCCCCGGACAGCACCUAACGACACCGUAUGUGUGUGAAUUACGUCUUCCAAGAAAGGGCUACUCGAUACCGCGCACGGGCACGGUCCAGGCAACGUUGCUCAACCCACUCGGCACGGUGGUUCGGAUGUUUGUCGUGCCGUACGACUUUCGCGACAUGCCCGCCAUGUCGACCACCUUCAUCCGGCAGCGGAUCCUCGCGUGCGACGAAAGCAGCCUCCAGCUGCUCGGCAAAAACAUCGAACAGCUCAGUAAUGCCGAACAGAUGAAGCUCCUUCGCUAUGCGAUCCAUUUGCGGUUUCAAACGUCGCGCUCGGGAAAGCUGUCCCUGCACACGGACAUCCGGCUGCUGAUAUCGCGCCGCACCGACUGUGAUACGGCCGCUGCCCAUGCGAAGAAUUUGCUCGAGGCCCCGAACGAACUCAAAGUGGUUACCAUCGUACCGGAGAAUCCCAAGUUUAGCUUACGCAUCGACAAGCAGUAGGUAGUGGUGGUGUAAUGGCCGGCAGAAUUGGACUCCCAUCAGCUUUCCGCCGCCACAGUCACCUUUCUCGUAAGGCGGACACGUCUUACCUUUCGUUAACAAUCUCGAGUCGUUUCCAGGGUAGUGAGUGAGCCAUCAUCCCCCCUUUCCCAAACCCCCUAUUUUCCCCCUUUUUAUGGGCCAUUGUCCCGCAGUUUUAUUUUUUAACUCAUUCUUUGUAUCUUUCGCCGCGUCAAUCAUUUAUUUCACUACGGAUUCAACAGAGAGAUCGAUCGCAUUCGAUCUUUCGCGCGAUGGUUCGUCGACCGCCAACGGUACGCGGUCAUACAGCACGCAUCAUCGCAAGGUUUUUAGCUAACGAAAUUGCACCCCCUUUUUUGUGUCCAAAUUUUAUUCACAAGAACUUAAAUUUAAGAGAAUUUCGCGCCGUAUUUUUGUUGCUAAGGGCACGAAUUUCGACGGCGUGAUUUGUAGGUGAUAGUAGUGUGUAAAAAUUUCAUGUGCCGAAAGGAAUAAAAGUACGCAAAUCGAAAGUCAUCGUCGCGCGGAUUAGAUUCCGCCCGGUCGGUAGAUCACGUUAACUGCGGUGCGGUGGUGGAGUAUGGAAAACGGCGGGGUGCGCGAGUUUCGAUCAAGCUUUAACUACCUGUUGAUAACCAACUGUCCGCAUACCACGAUCCCCCGGUGAAGAGGAGGGGAUACUCCAACUUACUAACGCGAACUCAUCAUGGCGCGUUCAGAACCGUCGUUGUUAAAGCCCUCUUACAGGGACUGCCACACAAGACCUUCCCACUGUUCGGCUUACUUACGGAAAUAUUGAAAUAUGAACAAAACAGAGCAAGAACGUACACGGAACAUGAAAAUCGUCUCUACAAGAUACAAGCAAUUGUGAUUACGGUUACGAUUACGCGUUGAUUUAAUUUUAUGCUUCAACUGUGAUUGCAAAGUAGUGGAUGACAACAAUGUCGUGAUUUUAGGAGAUCAAUGUUGGCUACGAAUGGGACACAGGCAUAUGUCAACUGCACGGCUCCAGUCGUACGCGUCAUCAGCCGAAGGCUGAAUCUAGCAACCCGUGAUGUGUUUAGGUUGUCGUCAGCAAUUGUGUAGAAAAACUCCCAAUGGGCCGCUGGUGGCGAGAAGCUGGCUGACUAAGAGCGGAAAACGGUAACCGUGUGCCGCGUUUGUGGAUAUGCAAAUCUUGAACAACUUCAAGUCUACAGGUUAAAUGAUCUGACCCGAGGCGGCCAAUACUUUAGUGAGGGAAGAGUGAUCAUCAGAAAUACCGUGAUCAAUCGUUAUCUUGAGCUCAUCAAAGCUUUCUCCCGUUCUUUCUGUUAUCUAUUACACCCAUGCAGGAGUGGUGAUAUCAAAAGUGGCAUGAACACGAACUAGAUCUAAUGAAAACAGGCAACUUCUACCACAGCAACACUACCCGCCAAAGGCAGUUAAAAGGCGCACUCGAAGCGCCGAGCUGAAUCUAGCCUUUCGUUCGAUCUCCCCAAGAGGCUGCUUGAUCAUCGACAUGACAACAUGAUCGACCGUUUCAUUUUAAACAAUGUGCUCGAUUGCAUCGGAUCGGACCCAGGUUUUGCUCGAGUAGUGAUUUUCACUGGUGACCGGUUGCCGAAGGGGUUUAAAGAAUGCAAGCAUGCUACAUGUUAGAUUCAACACACUGCCAUAUUUAAACAACACAAACACGCAAACGUUAAACCAGGGAUUAACAGCAGCACCAUGGGGACGGCAUCCCGAAUUUUUGAAAUUUAAAAUAAUUAACUAAUCUUCGGAAAGGCCACCAGAUCCUGGUGGGGGACGCUGGUGCACGGGUCGCGCGUGCCAUGUCGCGAAACGCACGCUUAACCGAAAGUAGUGAAAUAUCUUUCUCGUAGAGUGGUUUCUAUGUGUUGUGCGUAGCAGAGAGAAAAUGGACGGUGGAGACAGACUUGAACCGGUUCGUUCACUUGCUGUGUCCGUAGCUAAGCGUUAAACAAAAUGUAACCUCCAAUGCGUAAACUGUUCCCGUGUUCGGCGAUCCCCGCAAAGGUCCGCGAUUAAUGUGACCGUUUAAUUUUAGCGAAAGCGAACGUCAAACGUUGGAGCGAACGAGCACACAAGGCAGCCCGAUGUUCAAAGCAUGGAUUAGCAAAUUCAAUGUGUUCCCAUGUCUUUGCAUGGCUUUGUGGUGGCCAGCAGGGAGAGGAAGGGAGCAGGUUCGAAGUAUAGUUGGAUUCGUUGGCAGGAUACGAUAAAAUAAACCAGAAAACACACGACACAUACAUCUGUAGGAUCAUCGAGAGGACAUGAUCCGUAUGGCGGCAGCAAACGGACAAGAAACUAGUCACAAUGAGCAGAAAAGGCAAUUUGGGCCAGAUGCGCCAAAACCAACCGAAACAGAUUUCCCAUUUUGAAUGGUUCAUGAAACACUGUGAAUUGAAGGUGAUGAUCGAUAAAUCUUCGCCCUUUUCUGCUGGGAAGAAACGUGUGAAGAAUCCCGCCUGUUUGCUUAGGCAGAGAAACAUUGUAUUGUACAUACCGAUAUAUCGUCAACCAGAGUUUGUAAGCAGUAAGUCGCAAGGAUAAGAAAAGGCUACGAUUAGAAAGGGAAACGAAGCACAAUUGGAUCCCCCAAAAGAGAGCGGACACAUCCAUUCGAAUGUUGGACCGGAAGCGAACCAAAAACCAAAAACACUUACAAACAAUUGAUUGCCACACACGUGAACCGUUCGAUGAUAGCUGCUGCUGGGGAGAAAUCACAAAACAAUAGAGACAGGAAACGAAACGCCCGUUAAAUCCGCAAACGCAAAUGGUGCACCCGUGUUACUAACAAUGCUACGCUCGUUAGGAGCACGUUUGAAAAUGGAAAAUAGAUGUUCGAACAGGGAAAAGGGGCAAACCGAACCUAGAAUUAGUCGCGGCGACAUGCGAAAGCGUGCAGACACCGACGAAGAAAAGAGAGAACCGUUUGGGAGCAUUAAUUACGAUGAUGUGGGAAAACGAAUAACAAUAUACAUUUACUAUAUAUUUAUAUACAUUUUUUCAGAAAAGUAAUGACAAAUAUUUAAUGAAUAAAGGACAACGGAAUAAUUCACUAGAUGUUCAGUUAAA